CAUCUCAACCUGCUCUAUACAGAGGAGACUUCUACCUUUUUCAAAAAGAAAAAAUGCUGAACAGGAUUUUGUUUGUUUGCCUGUUUCUGGCUCUGUACAGUGCAGGCUCCUCACUGAGCUGCAGGUGGAUGGAUCAUAAAUUCAGACAGUACAGUGAAAACUCUUUGGAUCUACUAGAUACCAUGGUGAAUAAUUCCACUAACAGCACUGAGGAUGCUGAAGUGGAGGACACUGUGGCCUUCCCUAAUGAUCUGUACAGCCAGGCGUCCAAAGCAUCAGCUGAGGAUAAACUUGGUUUCACAGUGCAGGUUCUGGAGGAGAUGGCCGUCCUGUUUGAGGAGGAUCACAGCGCUGCAUCAUGGGAGGAGAGCACAGUGAAGGACUUUGUCAACAUUGUGACCCAGCAGGCUGACGGCCUUCACUCCUGUACUGGGAGCCACAGCCACAAGAAGAAGAACAAGAAGCUGCACAUGUAUUUCAAGAGACUGUCAGGCCACGUCCUAGAACGAAUGGGCCACAGUGCUGAAGCCUGGGAGCUGAUCAGGAAGAAAAUCAAAACCCAUCUAAUGAGAGCUCACCAGCUGGUUUCAUCUCUGCUCACCACCAACUAACACCUGUCAGACCAAGAAUCUCCUCAUUCAUUUGCUAAGUGAUUGAGCUAUUUAUUUAUUUAUUGCUUAGUUAUGUACUGCCUUGUUUGUUUACUCAUGUAUUUAUUUUUUGGAGUUAACUAAAACAGAUUUAUUUAUUUAUUGAGGUAUUUAUUUAUUCAUUAAUAUAUUUUUU